AUGGUGUACAACACACGACCAGCUCAGCGUGAGUCGGCAUAUGAAGCGUACCUGCUGCAAGUCCUACGGCGGCUGCUGGUCAUGAUCAUCUUUGUUUUUCUGAUAUCUCUACUCCUGAUUCCGUUCCACGAGACAAGCGAUCUCCAGAAGACCGACUUUAAGGCACUGACGUUUGACUGGCAGACCAACCCACGCGACCGCCUGUCGCCGAUAGACCCGGCAUUCGGUAGCUUUAAUGUGCUGCUGGAUUCGCACGCACAUACGACUGUGUCGGAUGGUAAGCUAACACCAGAGCAGCUGGUCGAGUACGCAAUUGCACAGGGCUACAACGCCAUGAUUGUCACCGACCACAAUACGGUUGACGGUGGGCUGCGUGCCGAGGAGUAUGCCAACACGCACCACCCGGGCCGGUUCAUCGUUAUUCCAGGCAUGGAGUACUCGUCGUGCCGCAUUCACAUGAACUUUAUCAAUGUCAAUGUCACGGUGACCGAGGGGAACAAGGCGCAGCCGACCGACGAGGACAUCCGCACAGCCAUUGCGCGUGCCCACGAGCUUGGAGGGCUUGUUAUUGUUAACCAUAUCCCGUGGUCCAACACUACCAUUGGCACCUUCAAGACUCCCCGUCUGCCCAACCACCCGAGCAUUGAGUCCUUGAUCGACUGGGGCGUCGAUGGCUUCGAGGUUGUCAACCAAGCCACGUUCGACCUGCCCACUUUCCAGCAUCUGCAGAGCCUCAACGGCUCGGGCGAACCGAAAAUGAUCAUGAUGACGGGCAGUGACAUACACUCGCCCGAGCCUGCAUAUGCCUGGACUAUUCUCAAUGCACGCCAGUUCACAAAGGAAUCGAUCAUGCGAGAGAUCCAGGCUGGGCGUACAUCGUUUUUGUUCGAUCCAACCGGCAGUACGGGUCGGGCCGAUCACGUCUACUCGUCCAAGUACCUGGCCCUUGCUCCGCUAUCGGAGCUGGCAGACUACUUUGGGUCUUUCUACGACCGGUACACUGGCCAGUACUCAUUCCACGGGUCACACUGCCAGAACGAGAUCGUUGACGUCCAUGGUCUAUCGAUCGGCUGCUUCAUGAUGUAUUUCGUUGCCGCAUUAGUUCUGUUCGAAAUCAUCCUGAAGCUGUUCCGCGUCGUUGGGCGCAAGAUCCACCGGCGUCGGAGCCACACUGCAUGGGACGAUUCGGUGCUAUAG